CCUGUGUUCUCGCGAGACUUGCUGAGCUCUCGUCUAGUUGUUGUUGUGGUGAUGAUGGCGGCAGGCGCAGAGGCCCCGGACUCCUGGUAUCUGGCUCUGCUCGGUUUCGCCGAACAUUUCCGAACCUCCAGCCCUCCCAAAAUCCGCUUGUGUGUGCACUGCCUGCAGGCCGUCUUCCAGUUCAAGCCUCCGCAGAGAGUGGAGGCCCGGACGCACUUGCAGCUGGGCUCGGUGCUCUACCAUCACACGAAGAACAGCGAGCUGGCCCGCACGCACCUCGAGAAAGCGUGGCUCAUCUCACAGCAAGUAGCACAGUUUGAAGAUGUUAAGUUUGAGGCGGCGAGUCUCCUGUCAGAGCUUUACUGCCAGCAGAACUUGGUUGAUUCGGCGAAACCGCUGUUACGGAAGGCCAUUCAGAUCUCGCAGCAGACUCCAUACUGGCACUGCAGGCUUCUGUUCCAGCUGGCGCAACUCCACACGCUGGAGAAGGAUCUGGUGUCGGCCUGUGAUCUGCUGGGAGUCGGAGCUGAAUACGCCAGAGUCGUGGGAUCUGAAUAUACCAGAGCUCUCUUCCUGUUGAGCAAAGGCAUGUUGCUGCUGAUGGAGCGUAAGCUGCAGGAGGUUCAUCCGCUCCUGACUCUCUGCGGGCAGAUCGUGGAAACCUGGCAGGGAAACCCUAUCCAGAAGGAGUCGCUGCGUGUUUUCUUCCUAGUGCUGCAGGUCACGCAUUACCUGGACGCCGGACAGGUGAAGAGCGUGAAGCCGUGUCUGAAGCAGCUGCAGCAGUGCAUCCAAACCAUCUCCACACUCCACGAUGAUGAAAUCCUGCCCAGUAACUCGGCCGAUCUCUUCCACUGGCUGCCCAAAGAGCACAUGUGUGUCCUCGUCUAUCUGGUGACGGUCAUGCACUCGAUGCAGGCCGGAUAUCUGGAGAAAGCCCAGAAGUACACUGAUAAGGCCCUCAUGCAGCUGGAGAAGCUCAAGAUGUUGGACUGCAGCCCCAUCCUGUCCUCGUUUCAAGUCAUUCUGCUGGAGCACAUCAUCAUGUGUCGUCUGGUGACGGGACACAAGGCCACGGCGCUGCAGGAGAUCUCCCAGGUGUGUCAGCUGUGUCAGCAGUCUCCACGGCUCUUCUCCAAUCACGCGGCUCAGCUCCACACGCUCCUGGGUUUGUACUGUAUCUCUGUCAACUGUAUGGAUAACGCUGAGGCUCAGUUCACUACAGCGCUGCGGCUAACCUCCCAUCAGGAGCUGUGGACGUUCAUUGUCACUAAUCUGGCGAGUGUGUACAUCAGAGAGGGAAACAGACAUCAGGAGCUGUACAAUCUAUUAGAGCGGAUAAACCCAGACCACAACUUCCCCGUCAGUUCUCACUGUCUGCGCGCCGCUGCGUUUUACAUCCGAGGCCUUCUGUCCUUCUUCCAGGGACGCUACAAUGAAGCCAAGCGUUUCCUGCGCGAGACACUGAAGAUGUCCAAUGCGGAGGAUCUGAACCGUCUGACGGCCUGCUCUCUGGUGCUGCUGGGACACAUUUUCUACGUGCUGGGGAACCACAGAGAGAGCAACAACAUGGUGGUUCCAGCGAUGCAGCUGGCCAGUAAGAUCCCAGACAUGUCUGUGCAGCUCUGGUCAUCCGCUCUGCUCAAGGAUCUCAACAAGGCCUGCGGGAACUCCAUGGAUGCGCACGAGGCUGCACAGAUGCACCAGAACUUCUCCCAGCAGCUCCUGCAGGAUCACAUCGCCGCCUGCAGCAUGCAGGAACACAACCUCAUCAGUUGGACUGAAGGCCCUCCUCCUGUGCAUAUGCAGGCUCAGAACGGACCCACCACCAGCCUGGCCAGCCUGCUUUAAACACACACACACACACACACACACACAAACACUGUACAUACCGGUCCUCCUCUAACACUCACACACACACACACUCGGGACGAGCGAGACUCUGCUGCCUUUCACCUGCAUAUUUCUCUCUUGUAUCAUUCAUAUUUUAACUUAUUGAGUUGUUCACGGUUUACGUCUUUGGCGGCGUUCGAUUGAUUGCGUUCGGAUCGAGGACAGACGGGGGUCAGAGGUCAAAGGUCACAGCAGAUCCGUGCGUUUUAGUUCACAGCGCGUUUGAUCGCGUGACCGCAGUGUUUCUGUUCUGCUCCUCCUCAUCUCUCUGUUUUAACGCUGUCGUCACACAUCGCUCCUCACAGACGGGUUUAGCCGUGUUGGUUAGCAGCCGUUCUCCUCCGGUAACCGCACCGCGUCAUUUCAGUUAAUCUGUAAUGAGUCGUUUAGCGUUUUCAACCUCAAACUCAUAAACUAGAGACACCGCCUCUGAUCUGCGGGUCUCGUGUCGGCGCUUCAGCGAACGGCUGAAUUUGUGUUAAACUCAUCAAAGUUCAUUCACCUCAAAAUAAUACGGUCAGAAAAAUGAAGCCUGAUUUUAGAAUUUAGGUCUUUUUGUUUUCAGGACACUUUCGAUCCCUACAUUCUCAUUAUUGUAAUCUUAAUUUUGUUGACAUUUAUUUAAAUUAUUUAUGCAUUGUGGUAGUAUUUGUUGUACUUCCUUUAAUUUAUGCUGGUUUAAAUAAAUCUUUACAGUAUUUGUGUUCACAGUAAUGAGAGAAGAACAUCGGUUCCUGUGCGAAUGUGUUUAUGGAAAUAACAUCACCGCAAAAAAAAACAGGCUUCACUUUCAUCACGGGAAAUGUGACUUUUCCGUUAUUUUGGGGUGAAGAUGGAUGCGUUUCGUGAGAUUGGCCCACGUCACAGUGGGGAACUGCAGGAAGUGUAUGUCAUGUGACCAGCAGAGGGCGCCUCGUGUCUGGUCUCUGUUCAGUGUUUGGUCUUUAGUCUUUAUUUGGAGCAGCAGCUUCACUCUCACUGUUGACUGUGAGGAGCAGAGCGGAUCUCUGAGCUGUUUGAUGUGUGACGACAGUCUGAACUUUUCUAUGCGCUGAUAUUUUUACACACAUGACUCGACUGGUCUCAUUUUGUGCUCGGAACACGUUUGUUUUGUACUUGCACGUCUCAUGUUUUACCCUCUGUACAAACGCUGUGAGGACAGUCUUUUCUUUUAAAGGUAUUUACCUCUUUUCCUCUGUAGUUUUAACAAAUACAUUUAUUAAAUUUUGUAAAGUUUGAAUAUUUAUAUACCACAUUUAACAAUAUUAUAAUCUUUGUCAUUAUUUUGAUUUGGAAUAGCCUUUGUUUGUAUAAAUGUUAUGAAAACUGUUGUUUCUGUAGUUUAUCAGACGCUUCGAACAUCGGGUAGUAAAGGCUCGUUCUCGGCUCGUUCUGGUCUCGGAUCAGCCGGCGCUCUUUCUAAUAACUGUAUUUUUAAACCCUCAUAUUUUUUCUUUGUGUCUGCUUCAAAAUCAUCAGGAUUUUUAAAAUAAAAUUGGAGAAGUGUA